GUGAGCCUUAUUUCUCCAACCUAAAUUAAUAUCAAUUUUAUCAUCCAUCCUUCCAUCUUCUUGAAUGGAGUUCAGCGGGAAGGAUACAUGCGAGUUUAGGGAAUGAGUUAAUUUUUUAUAGCUUGACAUGGGGAGAGUAGGUGAUGAAGGUGCACACUCAUGUGCCGGGAGCUAUUGAAUGGAUUGGAGUUCAAAUGAAGUUGUUGAAGGUUUGGAUGAAGGUGAAGGCGACAAAGCCUUGGAUGACGUUGGGAAUUUGAGCCCGACACCGGUGCUUGAGAAGAAAUUGGGACGAGUCCAGAUGAAUUCGAGAGAGAAUUGAGAGCUUUGGAUGUCACCGGGAGGUUUACGAUGAAGAUUUGAUGACAAAAGGGCUCUAGAAUUGGCUACGGGAUAAAAAAAACAAAAAAAAAGACGCAUGGAGCUUGAAAACGGCGAUCAGGGUGACGUUUUGUCAAUAGUUCAAGCAUAUCGUUUUGUAGCGACAUCCAAAGAACGUGAUUCAAGUUCCAUAUGAAAUCUAACUUCAAGGGCUACAAAUCAUAUGAAGACACCAUUGCGGGAUUUUUAUAGGAGCAAGGUGAAAACAGACGGGGGAGUCAGAAUUGCUAUUGAGAUUUCAGAAUGCGACAUUCCACCAUUGUAUUCAUAUCUUUUUAUUGAAUGAUUCAAAUAGAGUUUUUCAAGUUGUGGCGGAUAGCGGACUUCAUUAUCUACAACCUUUAUGAAGGAAGCAUCGUCAAAUUCGGAAAGAAAGAAGGCACGCUGUGCACCCGAAGUCAGGCGGGGCUGAAGGAAACAACGUGGAGCUACUGCCAGUCAGGCAUGGUCGUGCCUGCCAUGAUAAUUGAUUCUGGAGCUACUGAGCAUAUCACUUGUAGUGAUACUAAUCUUUUUAAUAUCGUCAAUCAUGUGUCAUCAGUCACAAUUCCUAACGGUGAAUCCAUUCAGGUUCAUGCUGUCGGAAGUUUAUACUUACUCAAUGGGCUCCGUCUUGAACGUGUUCUAUAUAUUUCAAAAUUCCAGUGCAACUUACUCUCAGCUAGUCGCUUAACAAGUGAUCUGAAUUGCACACUGACAUUUUUUUCGGACUUUUGUAUUUUGCAAGACGUACCAUCGAGGAAGCUAAUUGGCGUGGGUAAAUUCCGUGGUGGUCUUUAUUACUUGGAGUCUCCAAAAAGUGAAAGGAUGGCAAUGUCUGUGUCUGUUAGUUCUGAUAUAUGGCAUCAACGGUUGGGACAUGCAUCUGAUGGAAAAUUAAAUCAUAUUAAUUCUCUCAAGGGUUUUCGACGGAGUGAUAAUUUUUGUGAUCCAUGCAUCCGUGCUAAGCAGACCAGACUACCAUUCCCUACCAGCUCCAUUAAGACAACUCGCUGCUUUGAAUUGAUACAUUGUGACAUAUGGGGAGGCUAUAGAUGUGACUCAACCUCUGGAGCACGGUAUUGAAACGGCAGCCGCAUAAAACCGUCAAAAUAUACCUCGGGAACUGGCGGAAUACCAUCCGAUACAUACCCGAACAGCAUUCGGGCAAUAAUCUUCUACUUCCUUAUGCACUCACUACCGUUCGAGACAUAGGAAGUGGGGGACUAGUGUUAGGAUAUUGGGUCCGGGCCCAAUAUCCCCGGCCCAAAGUAUGGGAAACCAGGAGGAAACAGAAGGCCCAGAGCAGUCCAGACCCGUUCGGCGUUCGGCACAUUACCUACACUUAGAACAUUUCGGGUAAUAACUAUACCCGCAUUCUUGACAGGGUGCCGCACACUGAUCGGCGUUCGGGGUAUUAACUAUCAAGAUAAACAAUAACGGGAUAUUCCAAUAUCGAACACCC